AUGAACUCUGAAAAUUUUGAGCUAAACAAUUGUACUUCAGAAAGCGACGUUGCUGAAAAAUACCUGUAUGGUGGCUUUAUUGUCGACAGUGACUUGUCGAUCGGAUCUGGCGGACUAACUAAACCCACAGAGAAUAACAAGUUGCCUGUUGGUUGGGAAGAACGGUUGGCGCCCAGAAGUAAGGAAUGCUACUUCUAUGAUACAAAUACCCGAAAAGUAUACUUUACAUUGCCGCCAAAACAGUACAUAGGAGGUCAAGACGACGGUUGGAAUGGCGUUGCUGGAAAUGAAUAUGAGUGCAACUAUCGAUGCACGCUGCGAUGUAGACACAUAUUAGUAAAACACAGUAAAUCAGAUAGACGUAGUUCAUUCCGUGAACGGAUUGUAAAGAGAACUAAGGAGGAAGCCCUAGACUUAAUUUCGCAGGGCCGGGAUCUUAUAACAGCCGGAAAAAUCGAGUUUGCUGAAUUGGCUAGAGAAAUCUCCGAUUGCUGCUCUGCUCGACACGGCGGUGACGUGGGCUCCUUUAAGCUUACUCAACUGUAUUUCGGUUUUGAGAAAGAAGUUUUGCGCUUAAAAAUUAACGAGCUCUCGAGUAUUUUUGAGACAAGAGCAGGAUAUCACAUUUUGUUGCGGACGCCGGCGAACAACAGCGACAUAGAAUCCCCAAAGUCAAGGAGAAAACAAAGGCGCUUUAAAAAGAUAAGCUAUGCUAUCGAAAAAGAAAAUUACAAAGAACCCGAGAUUCGGCCAGAGAGACCAGUAGUUUAA